AUGGCCGAUCGUUCAAAUUCAUCAUAUUAUCCUUUCAUUAACAUCUCCCCUUCCUCAUCUACUUCUUCCACACAUGGUCCCCAAUCAACAACAACACAACAAGAGCCAUCAUUGGUAUCAUCCGCAGACUAUGGGCUGGAUUCCCAUACCACCUCCACAACAAACAUCGACAACACAGCCCACGACAUCACACAGCAAACGCCUUGUCACCUUUCUUCUCAGCCAUAUUUCGCUCAACACGUUGAUGAACAUUCUACUGCCUCCUCCUCCGUGAUGGCAGGUGAUUGUUCUUCUCCUUUUGCCUACACGGAUUCUUCACAUCACUAUGGUAACCCCGUUGCAGGCUAUCGGUCGAAUAGUAUGAAGAUUAAGAGAAGCGAUCGUGUGCGUGAAUUGAUGCGUGAAGCGCCCAUGGAUAUGCCGCGUCUCUUUCCUUCUAAUCCCAAUACAGCAAUGUACACAUCAUGGUCGUAUCAUUUAACCAUUGUGGAGCAGCCAUUACAGUGUCGUGCAUGUGGCUUUAGUACGAGUGAUAGAAGACCCAUGGAUCCUGUCCCUGUGGUGCAACUUCAUGUGUACGACGCACAAGGCGAGCUAGUGGAUCCAGAGGCUCCUGAAAACCUCUUUUUCAUCUUGCACGUACGACUAUGUUCGGUUGACUUUUCACAGGUCUAUGAACACGUUCUACACCCUCAUUUGGCAGAUAGCCUACAAAGCGAGCUCUCAUGUCAAGGCAACAUGGGACAUCAUCAGACUUUUGCAUCAUCAUCUUCCAGUAUCAUAACACCAGCAACAUCCCUUCCAGCGACAAUAGCACCAUCCGCCACGAUAGCAAAAGAAGAAUCCAACAACACACCCGCCUUGUCUUCGGUUGCGGUACUCGUAGGCUCCCUUGUCAGCUCGCCAUCAAUAUACACAGACCUCUACAAACAUCGAUCAAUGUACUUUGCAUUUCCAGACCUAAGUGUACGACUCGUUGGGCAAUUUCGUUUACAGUUUACGCUGUUUUCUCUUGGAAGGAGCGACAAAGUCCUUGCAGAAUCUUAUUCUGAUCCCUUUACGGUAUAUCCAGCAAAGUUGUUUCCAGGCAUGCGAGAAUCAAGCGAAUUGGCCCUCCACCUUAAUAGACAAGGUCUCCGGAUACCCGUUCGCAGCAAGGAACGUCCCAAAAGAAAAGUAUCAGCAUCAAAUAAACAAGACUACUAG